CAGACUUCCGGAACCAAUUACACCCAUACUUCGGGUUAAGUACAAUUCAGGUUGAGUACUCUGCGGACCCGUCUGGAAUGGAUUAAUCCACUUUCAAUUACUUUCAAUGGGAAAGUUCGCUUCAGUUUAUUAACGCUUCAGUUUAAGUACUCUGCGGACCGUCUGGAACAGAUUAGUCCACUUUCCAUUACUUUCAAUGGGAAAGUUCGCUUCAGUUUAUGAACGCUUCAGUUUAUGAACAGACUUCCGGAACCAAUUGUGUUCAUAAACUGAGGUACCACUGUAUUGAGAUACCUACUGAGCUUUAUAGAGAUUCUAAUUUUCCGAGUUUCACCUGUCAAUCGCCUUUGCUUUUUUUUUUUUGCAAGCAUUGGAAAGUUUGCAAAUGCUGAAAAGAACCAGAUUUGUAAAAGGGGUGCGAUCAUUUCGAUUGCAUCCACAUCCACAUCCACAUUGCUUUUUGCUCUUUUUUUUGCAAACGGCUGGAAGUCUGCAAAUAAACUUGAUUUGCAAGGGCGUCGAGAUUUGCACACGAGGAAUGCGGCCAGUCCAACUUUGGGCAGGGCUCGUUUGCCUCUCGAAAGGAAUUCGAACGCAGCUCUGCCUGGCUGCCUGUUCUCUUUGCGGCUCCUGAGCAGGAUGGCAGACAACCCCAAGCUCCAGCUCUUUGUCAAGGCGAGCGAGGAUGGUGAGAGUAUCGGAUCCUGCCCCUCUUGCCAACGGCUCUUCAUGGUUCUUCUCCUCAAAGGGAUCCCCUUCACGCUGACCACCGUGGAUACCAAGAGGUCCCUGGACGUGCUGAAGGAUUUCGCACCCGGGGCCCAGCUCCCAGUGCUGCUGUGUGACGGCCAACCCAAAACCGACACUCUCCAGAUUGAGGAGUUCCUGGAAGAGACCCUUGGGCCCCCCAAAUUCCCCAGCCUUGAAGUCCGGACAAGGGAGUCGGCAACGGCCGGUGACGAUAUCUUCCGCCGAUUCUCAGCCUACAUAAAGAACCCAGAUCCGGGCCAGGACGAAGCCCUGCGGGGGAGGCUCCUCCGAGCUCUAUGGGAGCUAGAGCACUACCUGGGUGCCCCGUUGGAGCACGAGGCGGGGCGAAGCCCCCGGGGCCCCUUCCUGGACGGCGAUCACAUGACCCUGGCUGACUGCCGGCUCCUGCCCAAGCUCCACACCGUCGAUGUGGUUUGCCAUCAUUACCGCCGGGAAGGGGUCCCCGGCGAAAUGUGGGGCAUCCGGCGCUACCUGGAGGCGGCCAGAGAGGCAAAGGAGUUCCGGUACUCCUGCCCGGACGGGGAGGAGCUUGUCCGGGCAUACCGGGAAGUCGUCCGGCCGGAGUAGGGGCGCAAGGGGGCCAGCCAGGACCCCGAGGGUGGUCCACGGUCUGGGGGAGCUCGGCUGAUGUAGCAGUGGGGCGCGGGGAACGAUCCGGGACCCUGCGGGUGCCCCCCAUCCCGGGGGACUCGAGGAUGAGAUCCUGACAGCAGUGACCCACAGUGCAGCGUGGCUCAAGGACCCCAGCCGCGGCGACCCCCCCUCCACCUUGGGGUUCGAGGCGAAGAAGAUGCAGCCGAGAUGGGAGAAUUCCACCCUGCAAGCAAACUGGAAAUACUGGAAUAUCAGCAGAGAAUAUGUUUAAAGCAAGUGUGCGUUUAAAUAUAUUUGAUAUUGGCCGAGUAUAUGUUUAAAGCAGGUGAAUAAAUCAGUUGUUCAAUAGACUUCAAUUCACUCUUCUUCAUUAAAUCAAAUUAAUCUGGAAUAUGCAGGAAAGAAGGAACAAAAUAAAUCGAAGGAACCGCAGAAAAUGGUUGUAAAACGACUGAAAUGUAAAUA